AAUGAAACACCUCGAGAAGCACAAGUCUGAUCAUCCAAAAGCAUUCACUUUUUCACUCCCUUCUCAUCCCUAUCAUCUCAUGUUUAUCAUUUAUCCGAGUUCAGUUGUUGAGCCAACUUGAGACAGUCAAUUUGAUUUGAAAAUUAACUUGCAAACAACUUUACAAGUUUGAGUGAAAACAUUGAAAAGUAAAAUUUGCAAAAGUUAAACAAUUGUUACAGUAAAGAGGACUUUUUGUUUGGUCAGUUCCAAAUGUUGUCCAGUUGAAUGUUGAUUCUGGUAAACAAAUUGCUUAUUCAAAGGAUAACUUUUGGACUCAAAUGAUUAAACGUAAAUGUCACUGUUAUGUAUCUAUUAUCAUCUAUCAACGAUUAUAUUUUUACUAGAUUACUGUGAUUGCCUUCAAUUGAAAAAAAUGAUUGUUCCUGGACCUUGUCUCAAUGGUUCCUCCCUUUGGUUACAGUGCAACUAUGAUCUUAGUUUACAUGAAACCUUAUAUUCGGUUAAAUGGUACAAAAAUAGUCUUGAAUUUUAUCGCUACUCAUUAAUUAAUGAUGAUAAUUCCAAUUCUCAUGAGUUUAUUUCAUCGGCAAAUCGGAUGAAAAAAUAUUUCCCUCAACAAGGAAUCCAAGUUGAUAUUAAUCAAUCAAAUGGAAGCCAUGUUUACCUUAAUUCAAUUGAUUUGGACGGUGAAGGAACUUAUGGUUGUGAGGUUUCAACUGAAGAUACAAAUGGCUCUUUUAAAAGUGUCAAAGCUGAAAAAGAUCUUCGAGUUUUUGUUCUGCCUCAGUCCAAAUUAAAAAUAAUUGGAACCAAAGAUUGGUACUCAAUUGGGGAACAAGUAAACAUCAGUUGUAUCUCUGGUCCUUCAAAGCCUCCAACUAUAUUAGCUUUGUUUAUUAACGGUAAUCGGAUUUUACAAUCUGAAAGGAAUCUUAAUUACAAUUGGACUGUUCGUUAUCUCAAUCCCGAUGGUUUGGCAAUUUCUUGGAUAAAUGCCAGCUUUCGAUUAAAUGCUGAAAAAGGAUUGAACAAUGGUCAACUUAAUUUACGCUGUUCAUCACUUCAAGCACAAAUUUCUGGCUACUCUUAUGAUGAAUUGAUUGUUGAUGAGACAGGCUAUUCAAGUAAAAUUAAUGAAUUCUAUACUCCACCCAAUCAAAUGCCGUCAUAUUCAAUUAAAUCAUGGUCUCCUUUCAUACAUGGAUUAAGUGAAAGACCAAGAGUUGGUGAUUAUUUAACAGUUAAUUGUACUGGACCCAAAUCACAUCCAUCUGUAUUCAUCCAUUGGUUUAUAAAUGGUAAAGAGCCUUCUGUCUAUAAUAUUCAGCCUGCAAUAACUCAAUCAGAUGUUGAUCUACCUGGCCAUCAAUUUACAUCUACAAUUUAUGAUUAUUUUGCUGCAUUCAAUCAAAUGAAUCCCCCAUCUGCGAGUUUAUCAUUUAAAAUCACCAAAAAGCUAUUUCAGACUGUUGAUGGUUCCAUGCGACUACGAUGUUUAUCUGUUCAUGCAAUUUUCGUUCAUUCCGAUGAUAUUCUGCUGACAUUGUUUACUGAAAAUGGCAAAAGCUCCAGAUUAUUGUUCAAUAACUCACAAUCAAGGAUUAAUUUCUCAAUCAGGAAUAUUUUCGUUUCAUAUUUGAUCAACCUUUUGUUAAUACAAUAUGUACAUAAUAAUUUGGUAUUGUAAAAGUCGUUUAUCCUCCAUUGACGAUUGCCAUCGUGAAAUUAAGUUUAAUAUAACAUUAAACUAUGCAAUACUGUUUUAUAUUUUAAA